AUCGGGGAUUUUGUCUUUAUAUACUACCUUCAGUAAGUAACUAUCGUUGUUCCAUUUGAUUUACUUUAUGUUAGAUAUUAUAUUUAGUAAUUAUAACGGAUACAUAUAUAUGUUUCAAUAAUAGUCGUACUAUAAUGUAGCUUUGGUCGACCAUUUCAUUGGUACGCUUGUUUGUGGCAAUCUCGCUCCGAACAGUCCGAAGCAAAUCGACUAGAAAAAUUCAUUUCAGGAAUUUGAAUCGAAGUAACAAAACAAGUCGGGGUAGACAUUUCCCACUAUAUUCACACAACCACCAUUCACUACAUUUCCUACUAAAUUCCGAAAAACCCUUCAACCAUAUUUAAGUUUGCUAUCCAGUCCUGUCAAAUGGAUAUCUUAGCCCACCUUAUGGUUACAUAACAUAAAGAAUUUGACUAUUAUGAUAUAGCUUUGCGUGUAACAGUAUAUAUGUAUGCAGUAUAUAUAAAAGUUAUGUUUCGGAGCCAAGCAGGAAAUUGUUAAGAAUAAAAGUGCAACGUUUCACUAUUGCCAGUAAUUAAAGCUCUUUUCCUUUCAUCGCAGAAACUUUGCAAGCUCACUGCCAGCACUUUCAUCCAAUCACAACGCUUGACAAUUUUUUUAAAAUUAAUUAAGAUCGGGUUUGCAAGUUGGUUUUGCGAUGAGUGGAAGGAACCUUUAGCUAGCCGGCCUAUACUGGGUUAGAAGUAUAGAAUUUACAUCACAAACCAACAUUCUUACAUGCAUACAUACAUAAUACUUUAUCAACAUCAGCUGUUUUCAACGACAAUAAUUUGGUGAUACUAAUUAAUUUACUAAAGAUAAGUCGACGAACAUGAACAGCACAUUAAAAUGUACCUCAGUAAUAGAUGUCCGAGUGCGCAAGGGAGGGUAGAAGUAAAAAAAUUUUAAACUUAAAAAUAAUUAUAUAGUUUAAUAUUUUUGUUUGUGGAAACACCACGUAAAUUUAUUACUGCAAAGCUUUCGACCAGUAAGCCCGGAUCUUCAUCAGUGCUAAUAAUUUGUGAUAAUCUAUCAUCAGCACUGAUGAAGAUCCGGGCUUACGGAUCGAAAGCUUUGCAGUAAUAAAUUUACGUGGUGUUUCCACAAACAAAACUGUUAUAUGUUUUAUCGCCAUGCAAACAUACAAAGAACUUAAUUAUAUAGUUCUUAAAAGCUAAAAUAUUGUCGAACAAGGACCUUUAUACUUUUUCCGUAAAGCGUGAUCGAUGCAUGAUUUCGCUAAUCCAUGAUCGAUUCGUAUAUAGUCAGACGUAGUCGUUAUUUUUAGAAGAUCGUCGUAUAUUUAAUGGUUGAUCCUUGAAAGAAGGAUAUGUAUUAUGGAAAUAACUACGUGAUUUGAAUAUAAAAUGCUUGUUAUUUUCCUUUCUCAUGAAAAUAGUUUGAUUUCCUUGACCUUGUCAUUCUAAGUUUCCUUUGAUGAGGUAGCUAUAUAAUUUAAGAAACUUAUACACCCAUCUAUACACUGACUGAAAUAAUAAGUGUAUGUAUUCAGGUAAGAAAGUUUGAAGCGACAAAUGUAUAAACAAUAAUAGAAUUAGACCGUAUAUACCGUUUAAUAUAUAUAUAAUACUUCAGUAUAUUCCUCUUCUCAACUAUAUAGCCAUCAAUUAACUAAACAAUCUUAUAUAUAUGCAUGCUUUCUGAGAAAUGAAUUUAUUUUUAACCAAAAUUAGUAACGAAUUUAUUAUAACAUGCACUACACUAAACUAAACUUACAAAACAUUUAUACUAGAUUACUGAUAUUUUCACAACGCAAUUGACCAUUGCGUAAUAGACUAAAUUUUGAUAUAAACAAGUCUAGACAAAAAAUUCAUCAUAGCUUGAAAGAGCAUCACAAAAUUAGUAAUAUUCCAAACUUUCGUUGCGAAAUGUUGUAAAAUUCGGAUAAUAUAGCCUUGCGAAGUUUGCAAUUUUCAGUCAUUUUAGAUUACAAACGGGAAAUUGACAGCCCCAAAUUAAAGGGUAUUAUUGGGCUGUCAAUUUCCCGUUUGUAUAAUCUAAAAUGACUGAAAAUUGCAAACUUCGCAAGGCUAUAUUAUUCGCAUUUUACAACAUUUCGCAAAGAAACUUUGGAAUAUUACUAAUUUUGUGAUGCUCUUUCGAGCUGUGAUGAAAUUUCUGUCUAGAUCAAAAUUUAGUCUAUUACGCAAGUGGUCAAUUGUCUCUUUCUUUUUUAGCGUAUUCGGAGGAUACAAAAGAUAUAUAUCGAUCUCAAAGCGCGUCAUGAUAUUUCCAGCUAUAUAUGUCUCAGUAACCUUGUUUUUGAUUCCAUCUUUAUAUGGAGACGACGAUGACUUGUGUAAAAUUGCCUUUGAAGAUGAGGGAUUACUAGAUGAUGCUUUCGAUUGCAAUACAACCAGCUUAACCAAUCUAACAAAGGAAAGCG